AUGGCACAAAAGAUACCUUAUCGCAAUUCUAUGGACACAAUUCUUACAUUCGACAAUAGAGACAAUCAAAGCGAGUGGUCGGUGGAAUGGUCGACAUCGCACGUGCCCGGCAUGGACAUGGCGGCGGGCACGGCGCCGCGGCGCGACCGCGGGCGGCGGCGCCUGCGGCUCACCGCGCUGGCGCUCUCCUCCUGCCUCACCAUGCACUGUCGGAUCGUGGGACCCGCGCUCACUACCGGCCUCUUGUACUACCUCUUCUUGGUGGCCGCGGUAACGGUGCUGGCGAAUCCAAUGCGGCACUUCGAGGUGUAUCUCGGCCAGUGGAGUAUCAGCGGGCCGGGGCGCGCCUUCCGCGUCGUUCCUAUGCUUGAUGGUAUCGGCCUAGGAAUGUGCAUCACCUCUAUUAUACGUGCAAUCAACUAUUGCACCAUGGCCGCGAUAACCAUGCUUUACGUGGUAUACUCUGCGUCGGAUUCUAAACUACCCUUUACUUAUUGCAGAAAUUGGGACUUAAAACCCUAUCAACCAACGAUAGAAAAUACAUCAGUGUAUGCGCUUUCAGGGAGGCGCUUUAUGGAGUGCAAUGAUAACAGUAAAAUAUGUAGAUACACAACCGUGGGAUUACGUUUCCAUGCCUGGCGAGGAGGAGGAAGCUCAAAAGAAAUGAAAUUCGAAUUACUAAAAUGCAACGAGACUUACCCUGGACCAUAUCCUUUUUUUUAUAGUCCUCCUCCGUACAACUACUUUUACUUGGAACUGACUCGGAUGCCACUGACUUAUCACUUUGAUGACUUCAACAUACCUUUGCUUAUAUGCCAGAGUUGUAUUUGGGUAUUAAUGUGGAGUCUUAUGAUUGCAGAACGAGUUGUGCAUAAUAGGUUAGUGUGGAAUAACUUGUUUCCAUGUACCGUCAUUGUGCCUUGGAUCUGGGUGGUGUGUCUAGUCGUUGUGGCCUCGAUGACCGUGACGGCACCCAAGAGAGCUAUAAAGCAAAUUUUUAAACUUGGGAAGAUUGAUAUAUUCUCGGGUCUGACGGAUGCUUUUGUAGUGGCACUCUAUAUUCACUCCUCUGGCUCGGGGACGGAAAUCAUUCAUGGCAAAGGACUAAACCACUAUGCAUCGGGUCACAUCGACCCUGUUCUGAACGCUGAAAACGUGUGGCAUUCGGGGAUCGUGCUGGCGCUGUCGUUGCUGCACACGCUCGCGGCCCAGGUCUGCGCGGUGGGCGACGUGUCGCACCUCGACGUCGCCAACGUUUACGAUACACGAGAGAGUAUUAUGUGGGUGAUACCCCUGUAUUCGAAAUGUACUGCGCAUGGUAACUAUUCCCAUGCAAUGUCCAGCAUAAUUUUUGGUGGCUUAACUUUUUCGUAUUUAGUGGUGGCCUAUACGUUUUUGAAGACGGCAUUACACACUAUAUUUGAAUAUAAAGUAAAAUUAGUGUUCGCGGAGCAAUGGGUGGUGUUCGGUGUGAUCUGUUCUUGCUACAUUCUUAGCCUGCCGUAUGCCACUACUGGCGGUCUGGCUCUUUUAGAGAGUGUAGAUGCUUUGGCAACGGGAGUGGCGUUGCCGGCCGUAUGCCUAAUUGAGUUGGUGGCACUCGUGUACCUGUACCGCAGCCCCGAUUUCCGAUCCGACCUCAAUAUCGCCACCGAGGAGAACACUUGCAACUCACGGAUUGGCACCUCGUGGUCGUUUAUACCGGCCGUAGUAUUGGUGGUGUUAAUAGGCCAAUUAAUGUCUAUGUUUCAAUCGGAGAUGCCGUCGGUUUCUAUGUACUUAGCGCUGUUGCCGCUGCUAGCCGCCGUGCUGGCGGUGCCGCUGCGCGCGCUGCACAACGCCAUCGCGUUCAUGCACCCUGCGCCUCGCCGCGGCGUCUGAUGCCAACGGUCCACCGCUCACCGCCAUCAUAUUAUUGUACAUAUUCUAAUAUGAUAUCAACUGAACAAAAAUAUUUACUAUAAUAAUUAAUUUAAAAAAAAAUACGGAGUAUCAUUAUUUUAUUAGUAGUUACACUUAUUACUGAAACAGUAAAGUCGAUCAAUUUACUUCCAGUGUCCGAAGGGAAAGCUGCCACAAAAAUAGGAGCCGCACGGAGUAGGGCUCCGUCAAAUUAACUCCUGGAACGCCGAUGUGAGA